AUGGUCGCCACUAAGUCCUCCAAUCUUAAGGGUACCUACGUAAGGUACCUUAAAGAUUCGGUGGCGACCAUUAAAAUUGUCUUCGAUGAAGUGAAAAAUCGCUCCUCAACGGAAGAGAUCAGAAGGUUGGAGGCCCAGAACGCACGGCUCGAAGGGCAAUUGGCGAUUUUACGUCAAGAGCUCAACGAGUUGCGCAGACAGACUUCGCAGCCCACGGGAAAUGACGUGCGUGAGCUAUUGGCCGAAGUGUCUCGUGCAAACGUGGAGACCUUUGGCAAUAUGCUCAACGCCAGGCUCGCCGGUUUGGAGGAUCGUCUCCUGCCAGAGCCAAGGCGAAGGCCACUGCUAGUAGCUGAUAACGCAGCGGCUGCGAGCGUAGAGGCCCCCCUAGUCGAAGGAGGAUUGUCGAAGGCUAAGAACAAGCCUUUGACUAGAAAUAGGAAAAAGGCGACUAUGGAAGCGGCAGGGCCGUCACAGGCUUCCACCGCCAGCGUGCCGCUGAAAGAAGGAGGAAAGAAAAGGAAGAAGAGAGGGAAAAAGUCGUUGCGUUGUUGUCGAGCUGCCAAAAGGGCAGCCCCCAAGAAGAAAAAGAAGAGGAAGCUGCGUCCAUCCAAGAUCGCUGCCAUCACUCUAACGAUGGAGAAGGGGGUUGACCAGAGUCGUGUGUCGUACGCCUCUAUUUUGGAAGAGGCGAAGAGCCGGAUCGACUUUGAAGAGGCAGGAAUCUGCCAGAGAAACAAGGUUCGAUUCCGGCUAGCGAGGACAGGCGCCCGGAUACUCGAUGUGACCGGGGAGGACGCCCAGCAGAAGGCGGACGCCCUCGCCAACAGGAUGAGGGAUGUCCUUGAUAGGGACGUCGUUAGAAUCGGCCGCCCUGUCAAAAGAGCCAAAUUGCUCGUCUCCGGCAUGGAUGACGCAGCGACCGCCGCCGAUGUCAUCAAGGCGGCGGCAAAAGAAGGCGGUUGCCCGGCCAUCGACAUCCGGUCGGGCAGAAUUACGGUGGGUCCCAGGGGCGCGCGGAGUUUGUGGCUCCACAUCCCCACGGUUGCUGCCAAGAAGCUGAUGGAUUCUGGGCGGCUGCAGGUAGGCUGGGUCAUGACGAAGGUGGUGCUGCUGGCCGCGAGGCCAACGCGGUGCUACCGAUGUCUUGACACCGGCCACUUGGCGUCGAACUGCCAGUCCCCGGUGGACCGUAGCGGGAAUUGCUUCCGCUGCGGUAAGUCGGGGCACAAGGCCGGCGACUGCGCGGAGGAGCCCAGAUGCUUUUUCUGCGCCGAGCUCGGCAAAGAGAGCAACCACGUGCUGGGGACUAACGGUUGCAGCACAACAGAAGAAGAAGCGCAAGGCUCCCUCCAAGGCUCGGCUGCGUAA